AUGGAGUCCACGAAGUACAAGGCCCUGCCGGUCCAGGAGUACCAGCAGAGGCAGCUUCUUGUGCUGCAGCAGCUCCAGCAGCAGCAGCUGCAGCAGCAGCUGCAGCAGCUGCAGCAGCAGCAGCAGCAGCAAAUCUGCCUCCAUCCACCCAGCAGCGACUUCUGGCUCCCCAGCAGACACCGCGGGAUUUCGGGGGUUUCCCCUUCAGAAGGCAGGAGCCUCACGCGCAGCAGCUGGUGCAACAGCAGCAGCAGCAACCGCAGCAGCAACCGCAGCAGCUACAGCUGCAGCUACGGACAUGGCGGCAGCAGCAGCAGCGGCAGCGGCAACAGCCACGGCAGGCAGCAAAGACACACUGUUGCUGCUGCCUGCCCGCUACAGCGACCUCCCCUUGGUUACAGCAGGGGCUGCAGUUUUCACACUGCUGCAGCAGACGCUGCUGCAGCACACACUGCAGCAGCAGCAGCCGUUGCUGCUGCUGCAGCUGCUUCUGCUGCUAUUUCCCCAGCCAGACCGGCACUGGAGGCCCCGCGUGCCCUGGGGGGGCCCCCACAGCUAAGCAUUGCAGCAAGAGUCUCCCCCGGUGCUCAGCAGCAGCUGAAGCAGCAGAAGCAGCUGAAGCAGCAGCAGCAGCUGCAGCAGCUGCAGCAGCAUAACAGGCAGGAGCGGCAGCAGCUGCAGCAGCUGCAACAGCAGCACCAGGUGCAGCAGCAGCACCAGCAGAGCCAUCUACAGCUCUGGCAGAAACAGGUCCAGCUGCGACAGCAGCACAGACUGCAGGAGCAGCAGCAGCGCCUUGUGCAGCAGCAGCAGCAGCAGCGAAAACAGCAAAAGCAGCGCUGCUGCAGCACAAGAACAGCCUGCGCAGUUUUGGGUGAUUCCUAUUCCCCCGCGGGGCCUCUAGGUGGAGCUGCUGCUGCUACUACAGCUGCGGACGGUCCAGCAGCAAGUGAAGCAGCAGCAGCAGCAGCUGCUGCAGCAGCAGCUGCAGCAGCAGUAGCAGCAGCAGUAGCGCAAGAUGCAAGGCGAGUGCUGGAAGCUGCACCAGUAGCUUCCGUGGCAAUGCAUGCAGAAGCAGGUUGUGGGGCCCCAACGGCAGCAACAGCAGGGGCAGCAGCUGCUGCUGCUGCAGCUGCUGCCGCUGCUGCGGACGGCUGUGAACCCUCAGCAGCAAAAUACAAAAGAAUGGACCCCUUAGAAACUGCGGAAGAGAUUAGGGGGAGCAGCAGGGGCACGAGCAGCAGCAGCAACAGCAGCAGCAGCAGCAGAGUCCCCUCAUCGCAGCCAGAAGAGCUGCUGCUCAAGGAUGCUGCUUCGCUGGAGAGCGCCAAAAUCAGCAGCAGCUCUUGCUGCUGCAGAUUGGGGGGCCCUGGCAGCAGCACAUGUGACGAGUCGGCUCUCUGGAGCAGCAGCAGCAGCAGCAGCAGCUGUGGCCGCUGCAAAGACAGCCCGCUGUGCAGCAGCGACGAGGAGACAAGAGGAGUAUCGAGGCUGCAGCAAAGCACAGCAGCAAGUGCUUCGUCUCUGCAGGAGCUGCAGCAAAACCAGGAGCAGCAGCAGCUGCUGCAGCAGCGGCAGCAGCGGCAGCGGCUGCUGCAGCAGAGGCAGCAGCCGCAGCAGCAUCACCAGCCGUGUCAGUCUGUCCGUCCUGACAAACGUCCACCGGAGGAACCAGGUGAGCUCCAGCUGCAGCAGCAGCAGCAGCAGGAACUGGAGCAGCAGCAGCAGCAGCAGCAGCACGUUCAGCAGCAGCGGCGCCCUUCGUUGGGCCCCCAGGCGGCAGCGGCUAGCGGCUUCUGUGGUAGCAGCAGCAGCAGCAGCAGCUGCUGCAGGCGCAGCAACAGCAGCAGCAGCAGCUACAGAGGGUUGAGAGGCUGCUUAGACUUACACAACGAGUUGGGGAGGUUUCGGGAAACAGCGCAGCAGCAGCGGGAGGCGCUGGAGCAGCAGGAGCUGCUGCUGCUGCAGCAGCAAACCACGCUGCAGCAGCAGCAGCGGCUUAUCCAGGUGCUGCAGGUUAGGCUGGCUUCCUUAGGUGCUGCUGCAGCAGCAGAUGCAACAUCUCAGCGCAGGUCGCCUGCAGCAGCAGCUCACAGAAGCAAGGCUGCUGCUGCAAAGCGCCACCGCCAGCAGCAGCAGGACCUGCAGCAGCAGACAGAAGCUGGCAGCAGCAACGGCGGCAGCAGCGUGAAAGACAGCCGCAGUAGAGGAGAGGCAGGAAGGCCACUGCAGUCUUUUGAGGACGAGCUGCAGAUGCAGCAGCAGCAUCUACAGCAGCAGCAGCAGCAGCAGCGACAGCAGCAGCAGCAGCAGCACUGCGAGACGCAGUACUUCACUUUGGCCAGCGACACCAGCAGCAUGAGCAGCAGCAGCAGCAGCAGACAGGCGUCAAAGGGCACUCCUGGCUGCAGCAGCAGAGAGCUCUCUCCCCGCAGCAGCAGCCGCGGGAGCAGCAACAGCAGCAGCAGCAGUGGCAGCUUAGGGAUCAGCAGCAGCUGCCGCAACCGAAGCAGCACCCCCAUGGGCAGAGACUGCAGCAGCAGCGAUCCGCAUUGCGUGCAGGGCCAGCUUCAGCAGCAGCAGCAGCAGCAGCAGCAGCAGCAGCAGCAGCAGCAGCAGCAACAUCCACAGCAGCAGCAGCUGCAGCAAGAGAGCAGCAGCGGCUUCUGCCAGCAGACCCGAGGCUGCAACAACAAACGUUGCAGCAGCAGCAGCUGCUGCAGCGCCCACUGUUGCAGCACGUGCUGCUGCUGCUGCUUCUGCUUCAUUUACCAUGCCGCCUGA